AGCGUACUUACACACUACAAAGCACCAGUGCCCAAUGUUCGACACAGUCUGUACCAUACCGCUCGCUCAUGAGCUCUUCACACAGGCAAUCCAUCCAGAGGAGCCCGUCGUAUCGGUUGGCCUGGCAUCCGGACAUGUGAGUACUUAUCGAUUGCCAGCCGGCGCGAGCAACGACGGCAGCGAUGCGGAUGGGACUUUGGCUUCGGAGAGCGGCUUUGGCCAGAUUGAAACAACAUGGACGACCAGACGCCACAAGGGAAGCUGUCGGACGUUGACGUUCGGCAUCGAUGGUGCACAAUUGUACUCAUCAGGCACAGACGGUAUCGUCAAAGCCGCCGAUGUGUCCACAGGGCAGGUCACCGCGAAGAUUGCCAUUCCGCUCGAUCCAGCCAACGGCGAUGUCGAUCAUCCGUCCCUCAUCCACGCGCUUUCGCCGCAGUCGCUUCUUCUGGGAACCGAUUCUUCCGCAUUACAUAUCUACGAUCUUCGAGCUUUAGGUCCCAAAGCUGCACCCAAACCCCAGGCUACACACCAUCCUCACGACGAUUACAUUUCCUCCCUCACUCCUCUUCCUCCAACAGAACAGAGCACAAGUGGAUUUAGUAAACAAUGGGUCAGCACAGGUGGCAGUACGUUGGCCGUUACGGAUCUACGUCGUGGUGUCAUGGUCCGCAGCGAAGAUCAGGAGGAGGAGCUUUUGAGUUCGGUCAUGGUGAGCGGCCUGUCAAAGCGAGGGACAAGUGUUGGGGAAAAAGUCCUUGUCGGAGGCAGUACCGGUGUGAUCACUCUCUGGGAACGUGGUGUCUGGGACGACCAGGACGAACGCAUUACCGUGGAUAACUCACCGGGAGGUGGAGAGAGCAUAGAUACUCUUGCCUUGGUGCCUCCAGGAGUUGGGCCCGGUGGUAAGAUUGUGGCAGUCGGCCUUGGGAAUGGGGGCUUGAAAUUCAUCAAGCUUGGACCAAAUAAAAUCAUCGCCGAGCUGAAACACGAUGAGUUGGAAAAGGAAGCAGUGGUUGGCUUGGUAUUUGAUUCGACGGGCAGAAUGAUCACUGGGGGUGGAAAACAGGUCAAAGUCUGGUAUGAGAAGCUUGCCGGCGAAGCAGGAAGUGAUGAUGAGGAGAAGAGCGAUGAAAAUGAGACUAGGCGUGGCCAUGACAGUGAUGACGAUGCGAGUGACGGAGAUACGAAGGACAGUAGUGAUGAAGAGCCAGAAAAGAAGAAGCGCAAGAAAAGAAAGAAGGGCAAGGGAAAAAAGCAGCAGCAACACGGUCAUGGGAUCCUUGGGUUUUCAGGUCUGGACUGAACCCCCUUGUACAUCGAGAACAACUGAUGGCUAGAGUUGAUGUUCGAUUGCUGCACCAAAUGCGUCAAGUGUCAUUGCCUAAUAAUUAGUCCACUCCCUGGGAAAACUUUUGGGCAGUGUUCAACUAUGAUCGGUCAUGGAGUACGUGAGAAUUCGUAAAUGUUUGAAUUUUGAGAGAUAGUGGGGAAACAGAAGUUAUUAUUCAAAAAACUUCACCGAGCAGGUGCAGCGUAGAUUUGAAAUGCACAAUACUGCACGCGAAGUUCCAGCCAACGGCUUUCUGCUCAAAUUCAUUGUCUGACCAAGUUGGCUCAGCUGUA